AUGGCGGUCUCCGAAAACCUGGCGGCUGUGCCUAUGUCGCAGAUUGCCAAAACCGCAGCGGUUCUUGAAUCUUCUGAGCAUCGAGACAUGCUUGAUGUCAUCGACACGCUUCGCUCGCAGGGUAUAUCUCGUUAUGUCGACUUGCCUCAGAUUAUCGUCUGUGGUGAUCAGUCUUCCGGCAAGAGCUCUGUCCUGGAGGCCAUCUCGCGAGUAGAUUUUCCCACCAAGGACGGUCUCUGCACCCGGUUCGCUACUGAACUGAUCCUGCGUCGCAGCGAGACCGAAGACCUACGAAUCUACAUUGUUCCUGGCCCUGACCGCAAUGACAAGGAGAAAGAGAGUCUGUCAUCUGUUCGCUUUAUGGCGGAUUUCAGCUCUAUUGGUGACGCUAUCGAGCAGGCCAAGUCGUCCAUGGAGGCUGCUGGUAACCAAGGCACCAACUUCUUUAGUGACACUCUUCGCGUCGAAAUAUCAGGUCCGGAUCAGCCUCAUCUCACAAUGGUGGAUCUUCCUGGUCUCUUCCUGGCCUCCAACAAGGCGCAGUCGUAUUCCGAUGCCGAAAUGGUCAAAAAGAUGGUCCUUUCCUACAUGAAGAAACCACGAAGCAUCAUCCUCGCUGUUGUGUCCGCCAGUAAUGAGUUUGUCCUCCAACAAGUCACCCAACUUGCUCGCGAGAUCGAUCCUAGUGGCAAACGAACACUUGGCCUGAUCACCAAGCCUGACAAACUUGACCAGGGUUCCGAGACCGAACAGUACUAUGUGCAGCUUGCCCAGAACACAAACGUGAAGCUCACCCUCGGCUGGCAUGUCCUACGCAACCGGAGCUAUGCGGAAAGCAUGGCCACCUCGCGGGAGCGUGACAAUCGAGAAGCAUCCUUCUUUCAGGGCGCACCUUGGGAUGCUCUGCCUACCGGACAUAAGGGUAUUGCGGCUCUGAGGUCGCGACUGAGCACAAUCCUCCGAGACCAAAUCUUAUCACAGCUUCCUAGCGUUAUCUCCGAUGUCAAGACCGGUCUUAAGGAAUCCGAGACGCAGCUCGAUCGGCUAGGCAGUGCACGCGCGACCAUUACCGAUCAACGUUCAUACUUGCUAAUGUGCAGUCAGGAGUUCACCUCGCUCAUUCGCCAAGCCACUGAAGGACACUAUUUCCACACCUUCUUCCAGGGUAAACUUGGUGAGACCAUGGACGCAACCCGCCUACGAGCUGUUGUACAGCAGAGAUUGACACACUUCGCUACCCACAUGCAAACCAAUGGCAAAAAGGAGCAAAUCAUUGAUGCCCGUGAAUCUGAUGAAAUGCAGCAGGGUCAGAUCAGCCGCUCUUUCUACCUUGACAAAGUUCGUUUUAUCAUGGAGAAUUGCCGCGGCAAGGAACUCGCAGGCAUGUUUAAUCCUGCAGUCGUUUCCCAGCUAUUCCGCCAACAGUCUGAACCUUGGGAGGCGAUCGCCCAAACAGCAAUGAAGGAUAUUGUCGCAUCUGCUCAAGCUACAGUCGAUGCUGCCCUGAGCGCAACCACGGAACGUUUCAGGGACUCCAUCGAAAGCGCCUUGCGCGCCGCCAUCCCGAACAUCAAUUUCAGCAAUGGUCCGCAGCCACUUCUUGUUGACCCGCGGGCACUCUUGAACAAUAUUGCAGCCGAAUCAGAACCCAGCAUGGACAAAUACACUUGCCAGCUUGCUGUCGACACAAUGGAAGCUUACUACAAGGUCGCGCUGAAGAAAUUCAUUGAUGAUUUUAGUGUCGAUGCUGUGGAAAUGUGUCUCAUCAAGAAGCUUCCCGGCGUCUUUUCUCUCGAGGUUGUCUCUCGCCUUGACGAUGCAGACAUUUUACGCCUCGCCUCCGAGAGUGAUUCGGCCAUUGAACAGCGGGAGGAGUUACUCGAGAAGAAGAAGGUGCUGGAGUCUGCCCUCGAGGCUUUGCACCGCAUUUCCGUUGUCCGUAGCUAG